AUGGGUUCGAACGAAGAAGGGAUCCCUCAUCAGGAUGAUGAGAUCACGGUACUGGUUACCGGCUACGGUCCUUUCCGAGCCCAGUAUCCCUUGAACCCCUCGUGGGAGAUUGCGAAGUCCCUCCCCGCAGUCCUCCCACCUUCGAACCCUAGGUCGUCCAAUAUCUCCUUGAUCGCUGAGCAUCCACCCGUCCGAAUCCUCGUGCACCCGGAACCGAUCAGGGUUGCGUACAAAACAGUCAGGGAAUUGGUGCCGAAGCUCUGGGAGGGACGGAAGAUCGACUACAUGGUACACAUCGGGAUGGCCACAGCUAGGAAGUUCUACAGCGUAGAGCGUCGCGGACACCGUGAUGGCUAUGUGAUGCGAGAUGUGGAUAAUGAGCUUUUGGAAGAUGAAGAGAGGAAGAAGGAGGAGGGUGAUAAGUGGAUCUGGCAUGGCAUGCCAGAGAAGAUCUUGACAGAUGUGGAUAUCGACGAUGUAUGGCGGAGGUGGCGGACUGCACUGCCAACUGCCGAUGUCAGGAUCUCAGAAGAUGCUGGCAGGUAUCUUUGCGAUUUCAUCUACUACUCCAGCCUGGCAUAUCUAUACCAGAAAGAGGAGGAAAGGAGAGUGGUAUUUCUACACGUUCCAGUUGAUAGCGACGAUGCUGCUGUGAAAACAGGUGUUGAUAUCACCAUUGAGUUGAUUAGGGCUUUGGUACAAAGCGGAAUGAUGAAGAAGCUGGUGAAGCCAUAA